CCAAACAAUCGGAUUGGAUAACAGGAUGUGACUUGAGCUGUUUUGGGGUGAGGCGGUGCGUUUGGAGGUGCACAACUUUCUGCGUGUUUUGCGCAGUUUCGCAGCCUUUUUUUCUUUUUCCGCGCACCUCGGACAAACCGAAACGGCGGCUUUAAACACUCGGAGCUUUCCUCUCAGCGAAAGCGCACUGAUCUGAGGAAGUGCCCGAGCGGGCCGCUGCACGUUCAGCGUCUCGCGUGUGGGUUUACUUACGUUGCGUGCAGGGGAGGAGGAGGGGAGGAGGAGGGGAGGAGGUGGAGGGGGGGAAAGUUGUGGACAUGUUUUCCUGGAAGUGCACGGUUUUGCGGAUACAGUGUGCAACAUUGUAACUACGGCGUUACUGAGCCUGCCCCGGGCCCUGGCCGGACUUUGGAGCGUAUUUCCGCGGGGCUGCUCGCUCGCCUGCUCGCCCGCCUGCUCGCCAUAUUGCGCGCUGUGAAACUCGAGGGAAAGUUGUCAAGAGUUAUGACAUUUGCUGCGCACGAUCCCUUCAUGGAGCUGCGCGCAGUUGAUCGAAACCAAAGUGACUCCGUGGAGUUGGACACGGGCGACUCUUUGCACCAUUGAUAAGGUGAUCACACGGUGUGUCUUGCACCCCCUAAAGAGGAUGGACAGCGAGCCUCAGAUUUGAUUCUUGAAGGAGGACUGCGUGUUCUCCACCCUGUGCUUUCCUUUGGGAUUUAUAUUUCCUCCCAGAUACCUCUGUAUACACAGUUAAAGAAUUUCUUCACCACAAGCAGUGAAAGCGCACUACAGAGGCACCAACUUGCUUUUGCACGCUCACAGAUCGGGACUGAAAGCUCUAUUACUAUGAGUCUUCCUGCUCAAGUAAAUACUGACAAGAGUGGUAAGCACCGUGCUGCAGCCAUGAAAGAGGCUGUGCAGCACCCAGGGGAGGUUUAUUAUGGUAUGGGACCGCCAGCUUUAGAGUCAAGCCACAGUGACUCUGCCAGCAGCUCUGGUGUUUAUAAUCAAGAGAAAGGGCCCCAGAGUUUACCGCACUAUCAACAGGGUGCUCCAGUAAAAUGGAUGCACCAGGACUCCUUACAGGCCCCUGGCUGGUCCCAGGAAGUUCCUGUGUCGACCUGGGGACAGAAUUUUGGCCCCUACAUGAGCGGAGUGAAUGUCAGGAAUCAGAUGACGUUCCACAAGGGAGUCCACGAAGGUGUAGCUCUGCCGAUGGGAGGGGAAAAUCAGCUGUCCGGACCUGUGGAGGUUUAUAGAGAUGCCACACAGGCUCCGGCUCAAGGCAGGGGGAUCGAGUGGGAACAGCAUGCUGCAGCGGCGGCGAUGCACCAGGCUCAGCUGCAAGCCUAUCAACAUGGCCACAAAGGCGUGGAGCUCCAAGGCCAGUCACAUGUGCCACCUCAUGGUUUGCAGGGGUCCAUGCUGCAGCCCUUCCAGGCAACAUUUAGACCCAGCAAGCAACAGUUCUCAUCUGGCUAUUACUCGGUUUUUCCGGCAAACAAGGCAAUUCCGAACCUGCCCUACAGUGAGCAGCCCAAAACUCAGCAGCAGCUUCUACACCAGAUGCAGCAGCAGCAGCAGCAGCAACAACAACAACAGCAACAAAUUCAUCAUCACCAUCAUCACCAACAGCAGCAGCAGCAACAACAGUUGCAUCAACAGCAUCAGAUUCAGUUGCAGCAGCAGCAGCAACAACAGCAACAUUUGCAGCAACAGCAGCACCAAAUCCAGCAACAUCAAAUCCAACAGCUGCAGCAACAAAUGCAGCAACAGUAUCAGCAGCAGCAGCAGCAGCAGCAGCUCCAGGAGAGACAGCAACAAAUCCAGCAAAUGCAACAACAGCAGCAGCUACAGCAGCAAAAUGUGCCACAGCAAGACACGACACAGCCACAGGUGCAACCAAAACAGCAGCAGACCCAAAACUUCGUCGCUUAUCAGCCUGCCGAGCCGCCUUCAUCUGAAACUGGGUCCAAAGAAGAUGUUCAGUCGACGGAGCCGCAGCAGGAAGCAGAGGCUCAAAGCUGUGACGCGUCAGCCGUUCCUGAUCAAUGCCCCGAAAAGGCCGGCGCAAAUCCCACAGAGCCCGCAAACGCGGCUGCUCCUCGGCGCUCGCGUCGCCUUUCCAGGGAGGGGCAGUCGCCACUGGAUCCCCCUUCCACAAACAUCUGGUCUCAAGCCAAAGAGCCUCCACCGCCCCAAAACGGAGUAGCGGGAGCGCAGGUUGCGAAAGCAGGGGAAAGCCAAGUGACAACAGGAGGGGUCAUCCGUAGGAGAAGGAGAGCAUCCAAGGAGAUCAACUUGGAAACCCUGGCACAGAAGGCGUCAGAGAUGGAGUCCCUGCCUGCAAAAAUUGUAAAGGAAGACGGUGCUUCAAGCAGGCAAGCCACAAUGGUGCCCCUGGUCAUCCCAGUAUCCGUGCCAGUCCACAGAGGUCAAACAGAUCCUCAGGGUGGUUGGGCUCAGGGGCGGCCCGGUCAGGGCGAGCGGCCUGCUGCACCAUCCGAUCGCAAACCUUCUGUCAUUGUGGCUCGCCGGCGAUCGCUGAGAAGCACCAUGACUGAGAGUUUUGCUCAGGAUGAGGAAAGCGAUACAGGACUUGAUGAGGACGGAAAAGCUAAACUGAAGCGCAGGCCACGUCCCGAACCUCUCAUCAUCCCUCCCCCCAAACCAUCCACCUUCAUCGCACCAUCCGUCUACUCCAGCAUCACUUCCUUUCAGAGCAACCUCCGUUCUCCGGUGCGCCUGAUGGACAACCCUCUUACCUUUCCCCCAUACACGCCACCACCCAUCCUGUCUCCUGUGCGGGAGGGCUCCGGACUCUACUUCUCCACCUUCCUCACUAACAUAGCUGUAACCAACCAAAUCCUGCCGCCCCCGCCUACGCCCAAGUCUGCAGCUCGGAGCCUUCUGCGUUCCACGAGUUCAGACGUUACGCCGCCUAGCUUCACCUUGAACGCCGAGGCUACACCUGUGAGCCUCGAACCACGGAUCAACAUUGGGCAAAAGUACCAGGCAGAAAUUCCUGAUUUGCAAGAUGAAGCUUCUUCCCAGUCCGCCCAGCACAAAGCGGACUUGGUUUGGGUUCCUAUUGAUGACGCCGCCUUCAAACAUGGUGACAAAGAGACCAUGGAUGAUUUGAUGAACAUGGCAUGUUCAAGCGUUUUGAGAGGAGGAGGAACCAAUCAGGAGCUGGCUUUGCACUGUUUUCAUGAAUGUGGAGGAGAUUUCCUUGAAACACUGGGACGUUUGAUGCAUCAGGAUCCAAUUUUCCCCAAAGGCCAUCAAUUGAUAGGUUAUCACUACUCAGGCUCUGACAGCUGGACAGCAGAGGAGAAGCGGUUUUUCAAUAAGGGGAUCUCUGCCUACAGGAAGGACUUCUUUCUGGUGCAGAAACUGGUGCGGACUAAGACCGUGGCUCAGUGUGUGGAGUUCUACUACACAUACAAGAAGCAGGUGAAAGUUGGUCGCAAUGGGAUUUUAAUGUUCGGCCCUCCUGAUUCACCUGUGGAAAAACACGCAGAGGCAGUCGUGGACGUCAAGAGUUCACAGCAGCCGAAGAUGACUCAAGGUGAAGCGGAUGAGGAUGACAAGAAGAAUAUGUCUUUAGAGCAGAUCAAUGAGAGAAAACAGCAGGCGAGGGUCGCUCAGUCACUACAGGUUCAUGACUAUGCAGGAACAGUGCUGGUGCUCAAAGAGCCAGAUACUGUUCAUAAAGAGGCUCAUCAGUCUCCAGCACUUCCCAGAUCUCGGGCCGAGCCUGCUGCAAAGAAGCCCCGGGUGCCACUGAAGCCCUCGCAGGAACCUGAGCAGAUUUUUCCUUGCAAGAAAUGCAACAGAGUGUUUUAUAAAGUGAAGAGUCGAAGCGCUCACAUGAAGAGUCAUGCCGAGCAGGAGAAGAAGGCUGCAGCGCUGCGUCAGAAGGAGGAGGAGGAGCAGGCAGCAGCUCAAGCUCGAGCCAGGAAGGCGGCAGCGGUGGCAGCAGCAGCAGCGGCGGCGGCAGCUGUGUCUGCUGCAGAGACCCAGCGGGGAGGUAAUGGGAAUGGAGCGUCAGAGCAGGCUGAGGCCAGCAGCCAAGAGGACUCAUCAGAGGGGGAGGAUGACGACGAUGAAGACUGGCAGUGAGACCGAUAUAAAGACGAACAUUAAUGGGAUGGAUUGACGUGUAAAUAGAGGGGAGAUGGUGAACAAAUCAGGGAGGGAGGUGUUUAAAAACACGUGCUCCCCUAUGAGGAGCAGAAUAAGCACAAGAUGCUUUUAAAGUCUUCCUGUUGAUCUUUUCACUUGUUUCCUGACCUGAACUGUUUGUCUUUGACUGUAAUUCAGAUUCACACCGUCAGCGUGUAAGCCACACUCCACAUUUUCACAUUUGUACCUUUUGAAAUAAUCAGUUUGUUUUUUUUGUUGUUUUUUUUUUUUGUGUGUGUAAAAUGUCCGUGUGCUAUGCUUCUGCUUUUGCUAAUAGGGCCUUUUUAAAUCUUAUUUAAUUGAACAUAUGUUAAGAUCUUCAAUGGUUGUUUGAUGAAUCAGGAUAUCUUUCUAGCAAUAAAAUGAGAUCAAGGCAAUCAUUACUUUAUAGUUGCUUCCCUUUAAAGACAGAAGCCAUUCUGUUUCAAAUACUUCUUACAGGAAAAAAAAACAGCGCUGAAUUUAGCAGAUUUCUAUCAGAUUUUUAGGUGGGUUGUACACUUAUUUUUAAACUAAGGGACCUUUGAAAUGAAUAUGUACAAAAAAUAUAUAUAUGAGACUGUCAUAUAUUUAUGAUACUGCAUUUUUUUUUUUUUUUUCUCAGUGAUUUUGAUAAUAUAAAAAGUAAUCAUGUCGGCUGUAAUGUGACUGGUGAAUUGAGAAAUGUAUUAAAGAAAUAUAUUCUUCUGAGGAGUGGAUGGGUUUUUUUGUUUAACCAGCAGAUGGCGACAGAGGUUCAGUGUGAUCUGAGAAUUUCCUUCAUGGUUGCCUGUAGGUGAAUGGAAAUAUUGCUGUUGUCUGAUUGGCCUAAGAUAAACGUGGCUGAAAUUCUAUGUAGACCAAGUCAAGAUUUAUGUCAUUUUAUAUUCCUAAAUCAUAACAUCCUUAUACAUCUAGUGGGCAAAGAGAGAUUUACUUCUAAUGCUGUGCUCAUAGGUCUUAUAUGCCAGACAGGCUCCAAAGGCCUAUAAUUUUAAGAUUAAGGGCUGGAAAGCCAACUUGUCUUGAGACGCUAGGGAGUGGUGAAAUUUUGCAUUGAUCUUUGGUGGCAUAAUUCAGCCAUUUAGGAGUGUGAGCCAUAAAGGGAAAUGAUGCUCUCGGGAGAUGAGAUGCGAGGCAUAUUGCGCUGAGAUUAUUGAAGACAAAGUGGCUCUGUUUCUGUCUCCAGCCCAUCAGUGACUGAGUGGCCUUCAUUUACGUUCCUCCUGCUGCAAAAAUCUAGCAGCAGACAUUGUUUAAACACAUAAUCUGACUUUGGAUGAGUGUAAGAAAAAAAAAAAAAUCCACAUUUGUUUCAUGUGAUCCUUUGAUUUAAAGUGGACCUACUAUGAUUUUCUUUACAUGCCAAAAGCUCAGGCUACAGACUGCCUGAAACACUUGGUUUUACACAUUUUUUUGCACGCUCUAGAAGUUUUAAAUGAGAAGAGCUUUUUUAUUUAUUUAUUUUUGUUUCUUUAACAGGAAAAAUAUAUACUCAUAACUAUGUCCUGUCUUCUUCCCCUCACCACUAACUGGUCGCAACAGAAGGCAGCCCUCCCUGAGCCUGGUUCUACUAAAGGUUUCUUCCUGUUAAAAGGCAGUUUUUUCUUUCCCACUGUCUCCAAAAUGCUUGCUCAUAGGGAUUAUCUGAUUGUUGUUGUUUGUUUUGUUUUUUUUCUGUUUUCCUUCUAUGGGUCUUUACAUUACAGUACAAAGACAAUUAAAGCAACUAACUGUUGAUGUGAUUUGGAACUAUAUAAAUAAAACUGAAUUUAAUUUAAAAAUUGAAUUGAAUUGAAUAAAUUGAAAUUGAGUAGUGUGUCUGGUCAGAUAAAAAACUAGCCAGCUAAAUAAUAACAGGAGCUAGUUUUAAGCUAACAUUAUACCUAAUAUAAAAUGUCCUAAAAAAAUAAAAUCACAGUUUUCCUCUGAUUUAAUUUUGAUCAUUUGAUUACAUGCUCACAUCAUAAGAGAGUUUAUUCGGCAAGUGUCCAAGUUCAACAAUGUUGUUCUAUUUAAAGAAAGAUUCACUAAUGCAAGCUAAAAACAGCUAAGCGAAGCUAAUCUGUUAGCUGAGGCUAAUAGCGGCUAACCCAAAUUAAUGCUUUGCUGAGCUUUAAUGUAUUUGUGUUUUAUUUUACUGUUUCCAUCUUAUACUACCUUUUCCUUUUACUCCACUGUAUGCUGGAUAAUCAAGUUUAACAUUAGUUAUUAGGUAAAUAACAAAUUGAAUUCAUGUUUUUUAUACCUGAAUUUAAACCAUCACAUUAGACUUCUCUGAGAAAUCAGAAAUUAAUCAAAUAUUAAACCACUAAAAGCUUCUCUCUGUAAAAAAACAAAACAAAAAAACAAAAAACACUAAAACUAAUUUCUCUGUUCAGAAAUGGAAGUAAAUAGCUGUAAUAUGGCAUCUUAAUUGAAAAAUAAUCAAAUGCUUUAAGAUCAUGUUUUUGCUUUUUUUGUAAAACAAUAAAUAUAAUUCCAGCUAAAGCGCUUCCACAUACCGGUGGAUUAAAUAUUACAGAAACAUUUCAGGCAGCUGUGACAUAAACCUUACAUUUCUGGUCUCAUUCAUGUGUUGUAGCCCCCCUCACUGUGUUCCCAUGCUGUGUUCUUGCCACUCCUGGUCCACCCCAU